AAAGUGCUUCGGCCCCGCUUUUCGAUCCGAAUUGAUUACCUCGGAGUCAUUGCCAGUCGUAAGAAUCCCCUAUUCUUCUACGUUAACAAGCUGGAAUACUUGAGACACCAACAGCCUUCACACUUCACCGAGUAUUGUCAUGAGUAAAAACAACCGAUACCGAGGAUCAUCCAACCGCGUCACUCAACCACUUCCUUCGCACGACACGCUCACGUGUGCGUUUCCAUCUCAUCCGGGCGCUUCGAAUUCGACUAUCGUCGACACUCAUACGCAUCUCGUCUUGACGUUUGCGGCGUACCGGUCGAACUACCCCUCUGGUUGGUACUCGAACAUAUUCGAACUCGUCCGAGGUAUCUAUAAAGGGCGAGGUGUCGAGACGAUCAUUGAUGUAUGGCACAAUCCCGCCGAGUUCAUGCCCAGGCCUGGGAAAGGAUGGAGACGGCUGGCGGAUGCGCCGGAGGAGCAAUGGGGUGGUGUCAGCUAUCGUUUUGUCAUAGGCGUGCAUCCACACGAAGCAAAAUACUAUACUCCUGCAGUGGAAGCAGAGAUCAUAAAUGCCCUCAACCACCCGCUCUGCGUCGGUCUCGGCGAGAUAGGACUGGAUUAUCACUAUACUCGUUCACCUCAAGAUGUCCAGAAAACCGUCUUCACUCAACAGCUCAAGUUGGCUGUGGAGAAGGGGAAACCUCUCACGAUUCAUACCCGAAAGGCGGAAGAAGAUACCGAACGGAUAAUGAAGGAGGUCAUUCCCAAGGACCACCCCGUUCACGUCCACUGUUUCACAGACUCACCCGCCUUUGCCCUUCGUCUUCUCUCUCACUUCCCGAACCUCUACAUCGGUAUCACCGGCGUCGUGACGUUCUCGACGAAUUUGAAUACUGCGGAUUUGCUUCGUCAGAUGGUAAAGGCUCCGGAAACUUUUCGUAUAGUCCUGGAAACGGAUGCGCCGUACAUGGUCCCGUCGAAUGUCUACCCUGCCCUACUUGCUAACCCAACUUUUACGAAACAAACUCGGCUUCCAUUAAGUCAUUCAUUGAUGAUUCCCUUUACCGCUCAGUAUAUUGCGUCUAUCUUGGGUGACGCAUGGGACACAAAGGGGGUGCUCAUUGCAGGAAGAGAGGGUGCUAGAAGGGUUUACGGUGUUUAACAGGUUCAGCACCCUCAGUUGUCUUCUUUAUAUAACUUUGUAUUGCCAUUAUUGCUAUGGUCUACCACUGCACCUCCAUCGUAACAUACUACAAUGAGCAAAAGGAUGAUAGGACGCGAUGUUUUAAAUCAAGGUGCCGUAUCAAAUUUACAGAAUGGU